AUGGAUCCUAUCCAAUAUCAAAACCAAUUAUUUUCACUUUUGGCUCAACAUCGUGCUAUAAAUGAUAUUUUAUUAUCACAAAACAUUCCAUUUACAACGUCACUGAUAAAUGAAACAAAUUUACAAGCAUCGUUAUCACUGCCUACACAAAUAAAUGAACCGUGGGAUUCUUCAGCAUUUCAAACUUCAUUUCAAUAUUCCUCAUUACCGCUUAUUGAACAACAAAAAUUACAACAAACGUCGUUAUCAAUCGAUGCUAAUUCAUACCAAUUAAAUUAUGUGAAUCCAUUAUAUUCACCCUCUUCAUAUCAAAUCGCUCAAAAUAGUCAAUAUCUCAAUUUCAAUGAAAUGAAAGAGAAAAUGCUAUUAAACGGAUUGCAGGAUUGGUAUCUGCAAGUCAGACAACCACAAAACAGUGGGCAACUGCAAGGUAUUUCACAAUCAUGUAUGGCACCUCAAUUCUCACAAAAUUUAUCGAAAUGCUCGCAAAUGGAACCAAUUCGCAGAAAAGCAUCAACAACUCGUAAUGCGAUGCAGGACUCGAUUCAUUCAUCAAUAGGAAAAACGAUAAAAUCACAAAAAAAUAAACGACAAUCAAUGCAAACAACUAUCGCAUCAUCAAUUGUUUCAACUGAAAUGAAACAUGCUGAAGAUGAUAACGAAUUCUAUUUUGUUGAUGUCGAAAGCAUUGAUGACAAAGAAUUAGCUCGAGGUCAACGUAAAGCUCACAUCGAUUUCUAUCGUAAGAUCAAAGCAUUAAGACAGAAAGAGAAAACUCUCAAAUGCCAACUUUGCCACGAACAAGUUGUAAACUGCGAGCAUAGCAUUCGAACUCAUAUACAUCGCCAUUCAGACACUGCCUUAUAUCGUUGCAAAAUUUGUGGUGCUGAAGCUAAAGAGCGCGAUGCUAUGUUCUCGCAUAUAAAAAAAUUCCAUCCUAACAAGGACAAUAUCGGUUUUGAAGACAGAAGAAAUAUGAUGGAUUUAUGCAAAAUCCUUCAAAAUUGUUUUCCAAGAGUGCUGCCAAAAGGCAAAGUUGACUGUGGUAAAGUUUGCGAUAAACUAUUUCAUAAUCAAAUGUUUAGUCCCAAAGGAUAA